UCGAUUGUUCGCAGCGGUCCCGUGAACAGUGAUGACCUCUACGACUAUGUGAUUCUGACGCAACCGCUCAAAUAUCCGACUAUUGUUCUCGCUCGUGACCCCUUCGAUUUCGAUACCAAAUACAAGCAGCAGGUUAAGGAAUUCCUGGAAAAUCAACGGUUUUGGAACCCUUCCUCACCAUUCAACAGUGCACUCGUGUUUCUAAACACUACAAAUUGUUUCCGGACAAGCCAGUACAAUAUGGAUCUGUAA